CAUAAAAAAUACUAACGGGGUAUAGGAAGGGUCGAGCCAAGCAGCAGAGAUAAAGUUUCUAAGAAAACGAGGAACUUGGACAGUUAUUCUUAAAUUAAGAAGAGUAAUUGCAAUCGAAGAUUCUUCUAUUGGACCUAAAUUUACAGUUUUCGUAAAGGUUUUAAUUGUUUCGUGAAAAAAAUGACUUCAAAGGAUGCAUUGUUCAUAUUGGUACUAUUAUUGCUGUUUGGGAUUGGCAGUAAUCCACGAGGAGAGAAAAUUGAAAAGGUUGUUAAAGUUUGUGAAAAAGAGACAGCCACUUUAGUUUGUGGAACUGAAGGACACAAAGCUUCAUAUCRGUGGAGGUUUGCUUCAAGAAGACAAGUUCCAAUGAAAACUGAUAAGURUGAACAGUUGCAAAAUGGAGCAAUACUGUUGGUGAAAAAUGUUGACCAUUCUGAUAUUGCAAAAAUAAAGUACAUMAGCUGUCAUACUCGCUCUGAAGAAUAUAUGAGAAAAACUGUUUUAUACAAAAUUAUGAUCAAUUGUGAAAACUUCCAGACUCCUGUUGGAUCAUCAGUUAGACUUCCUUGCAAAGUUAAUAUUCCAGAUGAUGAACUAGAUUACAUAAAAUGGACCUUUAUUCUUAAAAGGCAUUCCAUGACUAAAAGAAUAAAGCUUUUCGGAAAAGAUGGAAAAGCAACACUUGCUUCCAUGGCAUUUAAUGGAAGGAUUACUGUAGAGAAUAAAACUUUGAUAGUACAACACAUCAAAAUGGAGGAUGUUGGUAUAUAUCAGUGUGUAGCUUAUCGCAAGAAGAAUAUUCACCAAAGCAAUGGAAUAUAUCACUAUAAUGUWAAUGUUACAGCCAGAACAACAAGCAAGCCAAUAGUUGUGGACACUACWGCUUCAACAGAGACAAUUACCUCAAGUCCAAAUAUUAGUUAUACAGUGGACCCUGCCAAGACAGUUACACCAAAUACUUCAUCCCAGCCUAAAUUCACAACACCAAYAACUCUAGCAAGAAAAACAGUAAAUAUAUCAACUGGAGGCAUGCAGGUGGCAACAACUCCCACAACUUCUUCAAAGUCUACACAAAGUUCAGUAAAACAAACCAAUGCUAGAUCUACUGUUUYAACUACACUGACCCCAAGGCUAACUACAGCUUCAUUGUCACACAAAGAACUAAAUGUAAGUUCUACUAACAAGCCAAAGGACGUUUUGCCUACAACCUCAAACAUAGUGAAUUUAAAUGAGACUCAAAAACGUGACGAUAAAACUCCAAAUGGAUCUACCAGAUCAGCUUUAUCGAAGUGGCUUUUGGUAUAUUUGUUUCUUUUGUUCAAUUUAGUAAAUUCUUGAACACAGUAGUAUACAGAUCUAGACUAGCAAGUUACAUCAUUCAAGAAUCUCAGAUCAUCAAUCAUUCAGCUCUAAUUAGGUAUACAUGUGUACCCAACAAUUUGUUGCUACAGUAAGCAAACUGUGAACUGUUUUGUAUGAUGAUGAUGACAACAAACUUAAAUGUACAUAUUGUAUAUACCAGCCAAAGUAAUAGAAGACAUAUUCUUCUGGUAAAURUAUUUCAAUAAUGAUUUGUAAACCAAAUUUAUAUAAAAGCCUUCAUUACCUAAAUUUGUUAGUACAUUUUUGAUGUUUCAAAAAAAUUAACAUGCAAUAAUGUAGUUAUUUGUUAUAUUUAUUYUAGUUAAAGCUCUAAAGCUUUUUACUCAUAUUUUAGUUGGUUUUAUGAAUAUAUAUACAUAUUAUUUAUCCAAUUCAGUUGUGUAAAUAUUGUACAUAGAUAACAAUCAUGUAUCUUCCAUAAAUCAUUAUGAAAAUAAAAAUAGGUUUAUAUACA